GCCUGAAGAGCCCCGGGGGGGGGGGGAGAGAGCGGGCGGCGGCGGCGGCAGUUGCGGCGGUUUGGCGUGUCGCUGCGCGGCCGUGAUCGCGCGCCACAAUGCCGGCGGUGUCGAAGGGCGAUGGCAUGCGGGGCCUGGCGGUCUUCAUCUCCGACAUCAGGAAUUGCAAAAGUAAAGAAGCAGAGAUAAAGAGAAUAAACAAAGAACUAGCAAACAUUCGCUCAAAAUUUAAAGGUGACAAGGCUCUGGAUGGCUACAGUAAGAAAAAAUAUGUCUGCAAGCUGCUUUUCAUCUUUCUGCUUGGGCAUGACAUUGACUUUGGUCACAUGGAGGCUGUAAACCUGCUCAGUUCUAAUAGAUAUACAGAAAAACAAAUAGGAUAUCUCUUCAUCUCUGUACUAGUGAACUCUAACAGUGAGCUGAUUCGCUUAAUAAACAACGCGAUCAAGAAUGAUCUGGCCAGCCGCAACCCCACCUUCAUGGGGCUAGCUCUGCAUUGUAUUGCUAACGUGGGUAGCCGGGAGAUGGCAGAAGCAUUUGCUGGAGAAAUUCCCAAAAUACUCGUAGCUGGUGAUACGAUGGAUAGUGUGAAACAGAGUGCUGCGUUAUGCUUGCUACGUCUAUAUAGAACUUCUCCUGACCUUGUCCCCAUGGGAGACUGGACGUCCAGGGUGGUGCAUCUCCUCAAUGACCAGCACUUGGGUGUGGUUACUGCAGCUACAAGUCUGAUUACUACUUUGGCACAGAAGAACCCAGAAGAAUUCAAAACUUCAGUCUCCUUGGCAGUAUCUAGAUUAAGCAGAAUUGUAACCUCUGCAUCAACAGAUCUUCAGGACUAUACUUACUACUUUGUUCCUGCUCCUUGGUUAUCUGUGAAACUUCUGAGGCUGUUACAGUGCUAUCCACCUCCAGAAGACCCUGCGGUACGUGGUCGUCUCACAGAAUGCCUGGAAACUAUUCUUAACAAAGCUCAGGAGCCACCAAAAUCUAAGAAAGUGCAACACUCAAAUGCAAAGAAUGCUGUGCUGUUUGAGGCAAUAAGCUUAAUUAUACAUCAUGACAGUGAGCCAAAUCUACUAGUCCGUGCCUGUAACCAGCUAGGUCAGUUCUUGCAGCACCGAGAAACUAAUUUGCGUUACCUAGCACUGGAAAGCAUGUGCACGCUUGCCAGCUCUGAAUUCUCACAUGAGGCUGUGAAAACACACAUAGAAACAGUUAUCAAUGCAUUGAAGACUGAAAGGGAUGUGAGUGUACGACAGAGAGCUGUAGAUCUUCUGUAUGCUAUGUGUGACCGAAGCAAUGCUCAACAGAUUGUGGCUGAAAUGCUGAAUUAUUUGGAGACUGCUGAUUAUUCCAUUAGAGAAGAAAUUGUUCUGAAAGUUGCAAUUUUAGCUGAAAAGUAUGCAGUGGAUUACACCUGGUAUGUGGAUACAAUCUUGAAUCUGAUUCGGAUCGCUGGUGACUAUGUCAGUGAAGAAGUAUGGUACCGUGUUAUUCAGAUUGUCAUUAACAGGGAUGACGUUCAAGGGUAUGCAGCAAAGACUGUUUUUGAGGCCCUUCAAGCUCCAGCAUGCCAUGAGAAUCUUGUAAAAGUAGGUGGCUACAUUUUGGGAGAAUUUGGAAAUCUGAUAGCAGGUGAUCCAAGGUCAAGUCCUCUCAUCCAGUUCAACUUGCUACACUCCAAAUUUCAUCUGUGCAGCGUUCCUACUCGUGCUCUGCUUCUGUCUACCUACAUCAAGUUUGUGAACCUGUUUCCAGAAAUCAAAACUACAAUUCAAGAUGUAUUGCGCAGUGACAGUCAGCUGAAGAAUGCUGAUGUUGAGCUGCAGCAGAGAGCUGUUGAGUAUCUGAGGCUCAGUACCAUUGCCAGUACUGAUAUCUUGGCUACAGUGCUAGAAGAAAUGCCACCCUUCCCAGAGAGGGAAUCUUCUAUUUUGGCUAAGCUCAAGAAGAAGAAGGGUCCUGGCACAGUUACUGACUUGGAAGAGAUCAAAAAGGAGAGGAGCUCUGAUAUGAAUGGAAGUGCUGAACCUGCCUCUGUCAAUGCCAGUGCUGUUUCUACUCCUUCUCCAUCUGCGGAUCUGCUGGGUCUGGGUGCAGCCCCUCUCACCAAUUCAGCUCCCCCACCUGCCUCUAGUGGUAGCCUGCUCGUGGAUGUAUUUUCAGAUUCGGCUUCUGCAGUUGCACCUCUUGCUCCUGGUUCUGAUGACAACUUUGCAAGCCCUGACCUGGCUUCAUCUGAGGUAGUUUCUGAGGAACCAGCUGAUACUGUGCAUGAUGCUGAUGAGCUUUUUCACAAGUUUGUGUGUAAAAAUAAUGGAGUCCUAUUUGAAAAUCAGUUGCUACAAAUUGGACUGAAAUCUGAAUUUCGACAGAACCUGGGACGUAUGUUCAUAUUCUAUGGUAAUAAGACAUCAACGCAGUUCCUGAAUUUUACUCCAACAGUAAUCUGCUCAGAUGACCUUCAGUCAAGCCUGAAUCUUCAGACAAAACCUGUUGACCCUACAGUGGAUGGAGGUGCACAGGUGCAGCAAGUUGUGAACAUUGAGUGCGUGUCAGACUUUAUGGAAGCACCAAUCCUAAACAUUCAGUUCAGGUAUGGCGGAACAUUUCAAAAUCUUUCGGUGAAGUUACCCAUCACACUGAAUAAGUUUUUUCAGCCUACAGAGAUGUCUUCUCAAGACUUUUUCCAGCGUUGGAAGCAACUGAGCAAUCCUAAACAAGAAGUACAGAAUAUCUUUAAAGCAAAACACCCAAUGGAUGCAGAGAUCACUAAGGCAAAGAUAAUUGGCUUUGGAUCUGCCCUGCUUGAGGAGGUAGAUCCCAACCCUGCUAACUUUGUUGGUGCUGGUAUCAUACAUACAAAAACUACUCAGAUUGGAUGCUUGCUGCGUCUUGAACCCAACCUGCAGGCACAGAUGUAUAGGCUCACACUACGAACAAGUAAAGAAGCUGUAUCUCAGAGAUUAUGUGAACUGCUGUCAGAACAAUUUUAAUAUUAACCAUGUCAUUGUUUUGUUUUUCCAUUUAUAUCAUUGUUAUCAUACUGCAAAUAAAUGUCUUGUACAUCACUGUCUGAGUACUGCAAUGUUAACAAAUACCAGCUCCCUGCCUUAAUAGGACUUGCCCCUUGUUUGAAAUUAAGACUAUAAAAUGUACAGUAUGGGGAAGUGGCUUUUUAUAUUAAAAAUGGCUUUUGUGUCCAUUACACAAAGGAUGGGAGAGCUGUCUUUGUGCUCCAUUUUGCAGAGGUCAGGCUUUUAAAUGUAUUAAAGGGAAACUAAUUAGAUGUGAUACUAAGGUUUUCAACUGGAAAUGGCUAGUAACAUUCUGCCUUAAUGCCUUUAAUAGGUACUCCCUUUGCUCUGAGCUAGAAGAAACCAACAUAAUGCAGCUCAGUUAGAUUAAUUUGGAUGUUACUAUAAAGCUAAAAUGACUGAGAGCAAUGAAGUCAAGAGUCACCUUAUUGUUGCAUGGCUUCUGUUUUAACCGAAUUUGUCAAAGUUUUGAAAACAUUACCACAAGCUUUGGAUUGGAUGAAAGGGGCAGAUUACAAGAUAUAUUUGAAUCUGGUUUUAAGUGAGCACUUACGCUGAAUGUCACUUUGUUGUUGCAUGUGGAAAAAUACCACAGGACCAAGCUCUUAAAUUAAUGAUCUUGUAAUCCUUUACACCUUUUCUUCCACUUUUUGAAAAGUGGAUGCAAUACAAAGGCUAUUCUUAAUCUUUCUGUUCAUCUCAAUGAGAUGAGCUUCUGUGGUGGGGCGGUGAACCAGUACACCUGUUCAUUGUUAGUCAAAAAGAGGUUAAAAAGUCUGUUCUAGGGUUUCUGUUUCCAUCAGAGUUAGCAAAUAGCAGUCCUGAUGAUGUGAUGUAACUAGAUGCAGAGAGAAUGGGUUCUGAUCACUGUGGUAUUCUAUAAAAAUAGAGGGAAGAAACAGGCCCUUGAAGGCUGCAAGGCAUGCACUUUUUUUGCAGACACAAAUCUAAUUUUAAAUAUUUUUUUCCCCAGUGUAUAGUUAUGACAGAACUCAGUUGGUUGAAUAGCUGAUACCUGAACAAUUUCUUGUCUGUCAGUGGUGAUAAAAAUAUCCAGCAUGAUGUAGGAGGUUUGUGUUGGUUUCUUCUAGAUCAAGAGCAGAAAGGCUGAAAAUGUUCAGCUUUUACAGUGGCUUUUACAACCAAAGCCGUUGUAGCUUGUUCCAUAUCAGCUAGCAAACUCUUUGCAGCUUCUCUGCAGAAAUAAUUGGAUAUAACUUUGGUGACAUCAUUCAAGCUUUCAGAUGCCCCAAAGGCUACUAAAGCAAGGCAGGUGAGGCACAGCAGUUAAACUGUGGACAGUUAUCAGCAAGGUAGCGCUGGUCAGGGUGAACCAAGUCAGCUGCUGCGCACAUUAAAAGUGAAUCUCAUAUCAAGACUCCCUGAAGGUUAUUUAAAGGAAGCUUGUGACUGUCUCACAAUGCAUACAGCCAAGUUUGUCCAUGCAAUGAAGAUUUGAAAUAAUAGUGAUGAAGUUGAAACUGCACAUUUGAAUGAGGCUCCUGUCAUGCUGCCCAGUGCACUCUGGGGAGAGGAGUCUACGUGGCUGCAUGUGCCUUGCUCCCCCCACCCUGUGCUUAGAGUUAAGUGAUAGAACUGGAUGAUUCUCAUUUGAUUCAGUUUAGGGCCAGUGAUCACACUUGAAUGCCAGUGAAAAGUGAGGAACAAAGCUUUUUGCUCCAGCAGCAGUUGGUAAUUAUGGAUGUUAUAACUGAAAGCUUGUCUGUAGACUAGAGCAUUCUGAAAGUUUUCUUGAGCAAUUGGCCAUUGGGUAGCCUUUCUAUUAGCUAAUCAAAGCUCAUCACAAAAAUUCUUUGAAAAAUCUUUAUGAGAACUUCCUGCAGUCAGCUUGGGCAGUUGUAAAAAAAUGCUACUGAACUACCUUGUUUUUUGUCUUUUGGACGCAGUAGGUCCCUUUACUAGUCCUAUGAUCUUGUCCCGUACUAUUAACUGCUGUGUUGGACAUCUGAUAUGCUGAACUAAGCUCUGCAAAAGGGAGUUUUAGCAGGGACAGGGGAAAGAGCUGCUAUUUUGUCUUUUUUCAAAUCAUGAUGUACAUCUGUCCCUCUGAAAACAUUGUGCCCUCAUUAAAGAACACCUUGAGACACGCUGUACUACUUUAUUUCUCUUAGCUUUGGUUCAAGCUGUGCUAAAAUGUGCAUUAAACAUCAAGGAGGGGGGAAAGGGUAAGUGUCUUUUGCGUGGUGGCUGUAUUAAGCUUAUGACUGUUCACAUUUUGUGUUAGAUGAUGUCAGCUCAGUGAAGCCAUGGGCAGAACAGUGAACAAACUAAGGACAAAUACUUGAUGAAUUUGUGUGUGUGAAUGAUGGUUGACUUACCAAAGUGAUGUAUCCUUUCAAGCAGACAAAGUAACUUUCUGCAGUAAACAGUGUUAUUGUUUUAAAGUACAGUAUUUUCAGGCGUUGACAUGUGAAAAUAACUGAAUAGCAAGACAGAUAGCAUAUGUGCAUUCUUGACCUACACUCCAGUAUGUAACACUUAUGGUGAUUGUCUUAUUUGUAUAAAACAAAAGUUCUGUCAAAUUAAGUGGAGAAUUUUCAUAUAGAAGACUAUAUAUUAGACAAUAUAUUCAUCAGAACAUGUGAAGAUUAAAUAAAGAUUAGAACAGUAA